AUGUGGCUGCCAUUGCUCGUCCGCGGUCCAACGACCAUACCCUACAUUUACCGCCUUGUUUUGACGACGAUAGAACCAAUGAUCGCCCUGUGCGGCGCCCUGCAGUCGCUCCUUUAUCCAACCGUCUACAUGAGCAGCAUGACCCGUGGCAAGGUGUCCUUUUUGCCGGAGAUGGAAUUCCUACACACAGAGUUGGGCGGCGCGUGGCUGUAUUUUGCAUUUGUGGAGGCGGUUGUUUUGCGCGUCUUCGAUGACGAGCGUCUAUGGCGUUUCCUUUGCGCCGCCAUGCUCCUCAGCGACUUGGCCUGGUGCCAUUCAGUAGCACAGGCGGUUGGCGGCUGGGCGAUCUGGCUUAACGUCUGUAUCUGGUCCACGGAGGACCACCUUAUGUUCUGGACAUCCGCACCCAUCACCAUCAUGCGACUUCUAGUCGUCAGUGGGAUCGGCCUUAACGGACCCAACCCCAGCGUCCGAAGAGAACAAAACUCGACCACCAUACUGAAACACGAUGGAGGCCAAGAAUCUAGGGCUAAAGAGAACGCAGGCCACGAGACAAACACAAAGGUGUGA